AUGUCUAUCGCGAUGGAAACGAAAGGAUUGGGCGUGAGCCAUGCGUUGCCGAUGGUUGAGAGCCCUUUCGCAGAGUUGAAGGCGAAGAUGGCCAAGUUUACGUUGAGAUUCGACGCGUUUGUCGCCAGUGGACGCGAGAAGAUCUUGAGGGAGAGAACGGAGUUUGCGAAGGGCAUUGCGGAGGAUAGAGAAACCCACAAGAACCGCACCAAACAGCUCGAGCACUACAAGACCAAACAGGAAGAGGCCCAUUCCGCGAUCGAGAAGGAGCGCCUCGAGAAAGCCGAAGUUGAAUCUUCCAUUGCGCAAUUCUCAACGAAAGAGCGUUCAAUGCGCGACUCCCUCACCCUCUUUCAACGUCAGAUUGCCGAUACCGAGUCAGCUAUUUCCAAGAGACGAGCGAUUUUAGCAGCUGAACGGGAACGACUCGCAAAACAAAAGAACAAGGACGAGCCAGAGGUAGCAUUCUUUGAGGAGCAGCUCGGCUUGCGAAUUGACCGCCUCACGCGCCGUGGAGAGGACCACAUUCGUAUUGUUUUCAAUGCAGUCAAUGAACGCGAUCCAGAGCGGGAGUACUGGGUUUUGCUGGAUUUGUCAAAGCAAGACUACGAAGUGUCAGAUAGCCACCCGAAUAUUCCGCCACAAGAUAUGGACCGGUAUGUGGCUCUCCUUAACGAGACUAGGAAUUUGAGAAUGUUCUUGGUGAAGGUGAGAGGAUGGUUUAAGAGAUACGCUGCAGCAAAUCCGUGA